AUGUAUGACAACUUUGGUCAGUUUGGUGAAUGCACAUCCAGAGAGAUAGAAAGUUUGAACGUCAUUUAUAGUAGUAGCUUCCAUCGCAGACGUCAGCCUGAUCGGCAUGUAAAACACCGACACAAUCAGCGGCAGCUACAGGAUCAGCACCGAAUUACCGUCUUGCAUAUCUACAAGCUACAAAAGCGACUCUGCUUUCGAACUGAUGCACCUCUUAGGAGUGUGAAGAAAAUCAUAGUUCUCGGUAAUACUAGCGACAGUAAUAGCAGCACAAAGGCCACAAUUGAUUUCUAUAUACCUACUCCCUUUCGACUAAGACGCCUCGAAAAUCGGCUUCUCCUUGUCGAAACCAUGGCUCAGAUUUUGCGGACUUAA